CGAUUCAUUCGCGAUUCGGAUAUCACCAGUCUGAACGCAACCAAAACACUACUUUAAAAGACAACACAGACAAAAGGUGGAGAUAUAUCUGCACUCAAUCGUUUGUUUUGAAUGCCAUCUUAUCAUAAUGUCCUCCAUGGUUCAGUCAGUUUUGCAGUGAAUCUCACCGGAGUUCAAUAACACGGAACACGAACAACAGACAUGGCCAUGCUCAAAGCAAGCCAUCAGACAGAUGUAAGCGAUGCUGGAGAGGGGCAGUUGAUGUGUCCCGUGUGUCUGGAGAUAUUUAACCGUCCGAUGACCACACAGUGCGGACAUACAUUCUGCCAUAGUUGCCUUCAGGAAUGCUUGCGACCUCAGAAACCAGUGUGUGCAGUCUGCAGGUCUGAUCUGCAUGAGUGGACUAAAGCAGAUCAUUUGGAGGACUUGAUUGACAAAUCCACUGGACAAUGCAAAGGCUGUGGAAAUAAUGUUGCUUUGUCCCAGAUGAGGCAUCACACAGGGACUUGCUCCAAGUAUCAAGACUAUGUCAAGGAGGGUAUGAAGUCCAUUUCCCAGAAGCAGCCUUCUAUUGUCAGUUCAGUGCCGAACCGCUACACGUUCACCUGUCCCUUCUGUAACCAGAGGAACUUCGACCAGGAUGGUCUAGUGGAACACUGCACCUCCAAACACGCACACGACCCCCGUUCAGUGGUGUGUCCAAUCUGUGCCUCCAUGCCCUGGGGUGACCCGAAUUACAGGAGCGCCGACUUCUUUCAGCACCUCAAAAUAAGACAUGCUUUUUCUUACGAUACUUUUGUUGAUUAUGCCACCGAUGAGCAAGCCAUGAUCCAGGAAGCUCUGCAGCGCUCUCUCAUGGAUAACUGAUGUGAGGGACACAUGAACCUCCUGCUAAAAUUAAAGGAAUAGUUCACCCAAAAAUGAAACCCAGUAAAGAGAACCAUGGAAAUUCUGUCAUUAUUUGAUCAACCUCAUGUCGUUCUGAACCCAUAUGUUGUUAUUGUUUCCGUAGAGCACGAAAGUAGAAACGUUCAAGAAUCUUUAUUGUUAAAUGGCACACCUUGCCUAAAUAUUGUUCAAAGAUUUCUCCUUUGUGCUCUCAAAAAGCAGCGUACUGGUUCAGAACAACAUGAGGGUCAUAAUUUUCAUUUUUGGGUGAAAAAUGUAUCAAACACAACCAAAAAUCAAUGUUUAUGAUUAAAAAAAUUCAGGGCUUUUUUUUUGCUACAUUAUUAAAAUCCAUUUAUUCAUAUUACAUAUAUCGUAUAGUGGACACGAUGAACAUUUGUUGGUGACUCUAAAAUUCCUCUUGAUUGAAUGUUGCUGAUUAUGAAUCAGCCAAGCUCUGUGAAGUGUAAGUUUUAAUUAUAACACUCUCAGUCAUAUAUCUCAUACAUUCAUAUAUCACAUAUUUCCAUACACAUUCUGAGCAGAAAUGUGUCUGCCAUUCUAAUAUACACUACCGGUCAAAAGUUUUGAAACACUUACUCAUUCUUUAUUAUAAUUUUUUUCUUCACAUUUUAGAAUAAUAGUAUAGUCAUCAAAACUAUGGAAUAACAUAAAUGGAACUAUGGGAAUUAUUUUGUGACUAAACAAAAUCCAAAAUAAAUCAAAACUGUGUUAUAUUUUAGCAUCUUCAAAGUAGUCACCCUUUGCCUAGAAUUUGCAGACAUGAACUCUUGACAUUUUCUCAGCCAACUCCUUGAGGUAUCACCCUGAGAUGCUUUUUAAACAGUAUUGAAGGAGUUCCCAUCUAUGUUGGGCACUUAUUGACUGCUUUUCUUUAUUAUUUGGUCCAAGUCAUCAAUUUCAAAAACUUUUUUUUUUUUUAUUAAAUUUUAGUUUUAUAAUGAAAUAAAUGAAUAUGGUGGCACAAUUAUAUUUUUGUCUGCAAAACUAAUUUCAAACAUUUAAGCAUACACCUUUAGAUCAAAAGAUUUUUAUGAUCAUGAGAAACUUUUCAGGCAAGUGUUUCAAAACUUUUGACUGGUAGUGUAGAUUUAUAUAGAUUGGAAAGCAACGGCCUGCAAUUAUUAUUUUUUUUUAUUUUUUUAUGAACCAUAUUAUAUUUAAUAAUACUUAACUAUAUUAAACACUUAUAAAGUGAGUUUAUUCAGAAGUUUUGCAUAAUUUCGUUUGGUCAGUUUGAUCUUGAGCCAGUAAGAAUAAGCUCUUUUUUUCUUUUGGCUUGUUUAGUCUUAUUUUGUUCUUUGAGAAGUGAGCAACCACUGAGCAACAUACUAGAAUGAGUUUGUGUUCGUACCAGUAGGGGGCAGAAUUGUAUCAUUAGUCCACCAUACUGUCUGUUAUCUUUCUCAUCUCAGUGCCCUUAUCAGUUUAGAUGUAGAUGCUGGCAAGUACAUACCUACUGUGCUAGGCCAAAACAUAACCAGACAAACAGAUACUGAUAGAAUACUUUAUUUAUUUAUCACCCCCAAAAAAUUACAAUUAUGUUGUUAUAUGAAAUAUAAUUUACCUAAUAAUGGGCAUUUGCACUCUAAUGCUCUAUUUUUUUUUUUUUUUUUUUUCCAUGGUUGUUUAAUGCAUAAGCAGAAGGCAUACUUAACAGUAUCAAUACUUUUUGUCAUAAUGCCUGUAGUUGGCAGUAGUUUUAUAAGCUGCUCUGUGUUGAACAAAGUUGUAAUUUCAGAGUUUAGAAAGCACAAAGUUUGAUGCAGUUCUGAGGAUAAACUGACUGGAGGUACAUAUGUUAUGAAUAUCAUAUCUGGAGCCUGUUUAAUUAAUGUGUUUUUUGUGCUUAAUGACACUGAUUUAUUGGCCUAUAUAGGUUGCUGGUGAAAAUAGCUUGUGGAUGCUUAAUAAACCCUUUUUCUUUUUUUUUUUUUAAAAAAAGCCUUUUAAAAUCUCAUAUCUUUUCUAAGUACUGUAUUGUGUGACUGCUUUUAAGGUUAAUAAGGUUGUAUGCUGUAUGUGAAAGGCAUUUUCCCCCACCACGUCUAAGCCAUUUUUGAUACAUGGGCAUUCAAUUCAAUUUGGUUACAGUGUGAAUCUCUGGCUCUCCUCCGCUCUAACUCCAUUACUGUUGUUCAUUUCCUCUCCCCCAGCGACUGUCAGCUCUCAUGUCUGAAGGUGCUAAAUCUGAUAAAUUAAAGCUCUUUAAUUAUUUAAACACUGGACCCUGAAAUCACUGUGAGUGAUUUAUACCGGUGUGUUAGACAUGUUGGGCCAGAAACAACACCCACCUCUCAGAUGGAUGACUAAAUGGAGAGGAGGACAAACUCUACACACUAUAAUGGUUACAGUAUUAGAGACGGCUCUGAUCGCUUGCCCAGAAACCUUAUUCACCUUUUGAUUAAGAUGCCCGGUUCAUCACUUUUAAAAAUAAAGAUUCAAAAAAGAGUUUUACAGCCUUAAUGAUUCCUAAGGAGAAGGAAUUUAAAAGGAAUUUUCCCGGUUCAAUACAAGUUAAGCUCAAUCGACAGCAUUUGUGGCAUAAUGUUGAUUACCACAAAAAUAUAUUUCAGCUCGUUCCUCCUUUUCUUUAAAAAAGCAAAAAUGGAGGGUACAGUGAGGCACUUACAGUGGAACUGAGUGGGGGCCAAUUUUUGGAGGGUUUAAAGGCAGAGACAUACACCUUAUAAUUUAUAAAACACUUAUAUUAAUUCUUCUGUUAAAACUCAUGCAUUAUUUGAGCUGUAAAGUUGUUUAAAUUGUUGCUUUUAUGGUCGUUUUAGGGUUUACAGCUUUAUGCCAUGGCAACGAAUAUUGUAAAAUUGGAUCUAACUUUAUACAGAAAAGGUUAGUAAGUGAUUUUUUUUUUUUCACAAUAAAAUCAUGUUUACACAUAUUGUUUAUGUCUUGUGUCUAUACUUAUGAAACAGUGAGUAUUUUAACAUUCAAAAAUUAGCCCCCUUUCACUUCCAUUGUAAGUGCUUCACUGUAAACCAGAUUUAUUUUUUUUUUAUUUUUUUUUCAAGGGACAAGAUGAAAUUAACUUUGUGGUAAUCAACAUUAUGCUACAAAUGCUGUCGAUUGAUGAUGGACAAAGAUAUUUUGAAGGAAAUAUGAUGUUUUAAUGUCCAUAUAAUUCAAGUCAAUGGGAUCCAAAACUUUCAAACUCCAAAAAGGACAUAAAGACAGCAUAAAGGUAAGUUUUGGCCAUGUUUCUCAUCCAAAGUGAUCGUAUUCAGAAAACAUUGAUUAAACCACUGAAGUCAUAUGGAUUACUUUUAUGCUGCCUCUAUUCCCCUUUUGGAGCUUGAAAAUGUUUGACCCCAUUGACUUACAUUGUAUGGACAAAAACACAUCAUAAGUCCACCCAAAUGUCUUUGUAUCAAACAAGUUUGAGACAGCAUGAGCAUGUGUAAAAGUGCAGUGGUGGCUCAACAGUUAAGGCUCUGGGUUACUGAUCAGAUGGUUGGGGGUUCAAGCCCCAGCACUGCCAAGAUGCCACUGUUGGGCCCUUGAGCAAGGCCCAUGACCCUAUCUGCUCCAUGGGUGCUGUAACAUGGCUGACCCUGCACUCUGACCCCAGCUUGGCUGGGAUAUGUGGAAAAAAAAAAA